AUGGCAAAGACGGAUCGCUCUUCAGCUACGAGAAAAGUUCAACCUGGGGUGUUCAUUUAUGGGUUGUCGCCGGAAACUUUUGUCCGUUUCGUAAAACGAGAUUAUUCGUCUACCAACCAUUUGUUGCACACCAGUCUCGCAGGUGGAUGGAAGUUUGUUGGCGCAUCUUACGACCGUUCUUCUGGCGAAGCCAAACUGUGGGUCAAUGGAGCUGUGGUUCAGACGUUAAACAUUGGAGCGGGCCUUGAACUAGCCACUCAAGAUAGCAUCAGAAUGGGUAUGAAGACUGGUGAUAGGAGGUACUUCAAAGGCAGAAUUGCUCAGAUGCGGAUCUACAACCGAGCUUUGAGUCAGGAGCAAGUUCAAGCAAUACAGAAACUUGUCGCAGGUAAAAGAAAAAAUAAAAAA